GGCUGGUGGGCGCCGCUUGCUGACGUCACGCGAGCACGGACUCCCCCCCCGCCUUCGAGAACGUGACAACAAAACCGAUCAGUUUGAAAAUAAAUCAAUAACUCGAUAAAUCAGUCACUGGCGGAAAGCGGACGGUGACUCGGAGACGGAGGCAGGAAGCGGGCGGUGGAUGUGAAAAUGGUUAAAGCGGAAAGAGGAGCCGGGCGCGCUGCUAUGACGUCACGGGGAUUUUUAAAUUAAAAUGUUUUUAAUUUUUCAACAACCAACAUCCCCCAAAAAACCAUAAAGGCCGGAACUGGAGCCAUGUGUCUGCUGCUGGGAGUCACUGCCGUGGGGAAGACUCUGCUGCUCAAGAGGCUGCACAAGAUGUGUUUGAAAGAAAGCACAGAGGAGCUGGGACAGCCCCCACCGACACUGCCCACGGUGGGAACAAAUUUAACUGACCUCAUGAUUAACAAAAGGAGAAUUACCAUUCGGGAACUGGGAGGCUGCAUGGCCCCCAUCUGGCCAAGUUACUACAGAGAUUGCGAGGCUGUGAUAUUUGUGAUCGACGCUGCAAAUCCCACUCAGGUUUCCUCCUCCUGCAUUCAGCUGCUCUCGGUUCUAGCUGCUGAGCCACUGCAACAGACGUCAGUACUCAUUCUCUUCAACAAAAUUGAUCUGCCCUGCUCCAUGUCGCUAGUGGAAAUGAAAAGCCUAUUCAGGAUGGAUGAUAUAAUCGCCAGUGCAAAACAGAACAUCAGUGUGUUGGAAGUUAGUGCGUGGGACGGCAGUGGGCUGGAUGAGAUCUUAAAAUGGCUUCACUCACAUCGUAAGGGCAAACGCCUACCCUGACGAUAAACAGAACCCUCCGUCCCACUCACAGCAGAAUAAGAAGGACCCAGAGGUAGACUGAUGGGAUAGAACAGUCAACUCAAGGAAAUGAGAGGAAAUGACACUGCCCUUUGUAACUGGAGCUGUAAAUUCUCGACUGGAAUUGAGAGUAGGACUUUGUGUGAGAGAAAAAGAGUGAUGUAUCUACACAGUGAUUCAAGUUGUUGGAGUUAAGAACGGAAGCAACGAGGGGUUCAGCAAUACAGUUGUGUCAAUGCAGAAUCAAAUGAUCAUCGUCUCCAGCUUCAUUAUAAACAAUGCCAGGCUUUUGUCUAAUUACACAAGGUACGACCACAAUAUCCUUGUGUAAUUCUCACCACAGCCACAAAAAAAUCACUCGUUCUAAAGUUCCUGUUAUUAAAAUCUAUUUAAAACUU